AUGGAGUCACAGCCAUUCGAACCAGAGAGAGAAAGAAGAGAGAAAGAAGAGACAGAGAGCAAAAUCAAAAUGGAGAGACAUAUACAGAAUCUGCUAAACAGGUUAUCGUGCGCAUCGGUCGCCAUAGCCACCAUAACCCUCCUCGUCCUCUUCCUCCAGACCCCCGAAACCUGCCUCCCGCUGCCCCACCACCCCUCCUCCGCCGGCAAGGCCCACCUCCGCCACCCCAAGUCAACCUGCGACUUUUCCCACCGCUCCUUCACCUCCCUUGAAAAGAAAAACCACCGCAUCUGGUCCACCAACGGUUGGCGCAACAAAGUCCACUCCUUCACCUCCUUCUUCUCCGACCUCCAAUCCCGCCACCGCCUCUUCCACAACCACUCCAAAGUCCUCUGCGUCGCAGCCGGCCCCGGCCACGCCGUCAUGGCCCUCCACCAGAUCGGCGUCGCCGACGUCACCGCCGUCGAGGUCAUCGACUCCCCGCCGCUCGUCAGGCGCGCCGAUCCCCACAAUUUGCCGUUCUUCGAUGGCGUCUUCGAUCUCGGCUUCACCGCUUAUUUCGACCUGGCGCUGUUCCCCGAACGGUUCGCCGCCGAGAUGGAGCGGACGGUGCGAGUCGGCGGCGUCUGCGUCGUGGCCAUGGAGGAGUGUGGAAGCUCUGAGAUCGAAGAGGUGACCGGGUUUUUCCGGAAAUCGAGGUUUGUUAGCGCCGAGAAUGUUACCUUAACUGGCUCAAAGAUGACGAGAAUUAUAUUGAGAAUUAUUUCUCCUCCUUGA